AUGCCUACUGAAAUCCCUUCGCCGCCCGGUAUUCCCCUACUGGGCAAUAUAUUCGACGUCAACCCCAACGAUACGUGGAGCUCGUUGAACAAGCUGGCCGCCCAGUAUGGCCCCAUUUUCAAGAUCAGCGUGCUGGGUCACCAGAUCGUCUUUAUUGGCAACGUCGCUCUCCUGGAAGAGAUUUGCGACCAGACCCGAUUCCGAAAGUGUGUGACGGGCCCUGUGGUGGAGAUCCGAUAUGCAGUUCACGACAGCCUGUUCACUGCGUACGAUGAUGAAAAGAGCUGGGGCAUCGCCCACCGCAUUAUGUAUCCGCAGGUCACCCAGGAAGCGACCGAUGCCAUGUUUAACGACAUGGCCGAGGUCAUUCCGGACCUGACCAAGAAAUGGAGCGCAAGCCCCAAGCAGCGAGUGAAGGCAUCCGACGACCUGGAUCUGAUUUUGUUGGCAUCCUGCAUGAAGUGCUUCUUCAACCAGCGCGUUCACGUCUUAGAAAAGGGUGAAGAUGCCACCAAUGGCUGGGCCAUGGUGCAGGGUUGGGAAGGUGCUACAAUGGAGGCGCUGAAGCGUCCUACUCGCCCGAAGGUGCUCAACUGGUUGUACCAGAGCCGAUUCUCUAGCCUGACCAAGACUAUGCGCUCGUACGCCAAGGAUAUCGUCGACAGCCGCAAGAACAAUCCCGAACAAGCCCGCAAGGACAUGCUGGAUGCGAUCCUCAACGGGGUCGACCCCGAGAGCGGCGAGAAGCUGAAGGACUCCCAGGUGCUCGACGAGAUCAUCACCAUCUUUAUUGGCGCCGCCACCGCCGCCAACCUCCUUUCCUAUGCUAUCUACUACCUGAUCAAGAACCCCGAAGCCCACGGGAAGGCGUGCGAGGAGAUCGACUCCAUCGUGGGAGAUGGUCCCAUCGAUCUUGCGCACCUGAAGCAGCUGCAGUACGUCGAAGCCUGCCUCCGCGAAACCAUCCGCCUGUCCGCCACAGCUCCCGGCUUCAACAUCGAGUCCAUCCCUUCCGACAACAAGGCGCCCGUCCUGCUCGGCGGCGGUGAGUAUCAAAUUCCGCACAACCAGCCCAUGAUCGCCAUUCUCAACGCCGUCAACCGAGACAAGUCCGUCUUCGGCGAAGACUCCGAAGAGUUCCGACCAGAGCGCGUAAUUGGCGAGAAGUGGAACCAGCUGCCCGCUGCCGCAAAGAAGGGCUUCGGCAACGGCAAGCGCGAGUGCACCGGCAAGCUCUGGGCGUGGCAGUGGUCGUUCUUCACUCUGGCGAGCAUCAUCAAGGAGAACACGUUUGAGUUUGACGACAAGAACUACCAGCUGCAUGCCAACGGCGCGUUCAGUAUUAAGCCGCUGGACUUUUGGAUUCUCAUGAGCCCUCGCCAGAAAUAA